AUGGCCUCGAAGCCAACCGUCGCGGAGGCACAGGCCCUGGCCUCUUCCGAUCCCAGGAAGGCUGAGGCAAUCUACAAGGAGAUCAUUUCGAAGCCGCCGUCAGUCACCUCGGAUGCCGCCAUCAAAGAAUACGAAACUGCCCUGGUCAGCCUUGGAGAGCUCUACCGUGACGAGAAGAACUCACAAGAGCUGGUCAACCUGAUCACAACCAGCCGCACGGUCCUUUCAAGUUUUGCCAAGGCAAAGACAGCCAAGUUGGUUCGCCAACUGCUCGACCUCUUCGAUGCCAUUCCCAACUCGACGGACAUCCAGAUCGCCGUAACAAAAUCAUGCAUAGAAUGGGCAACCUCGGAAAGAAGGAGCUUCCUCCGCCAGAACCUCGAGACUAGGCUGGUCAGCCUCUACAUGGCCAAGCAGUCAUACUACGAUGCGCUUACACUUAUCAACGGACUCCUGCGCGAGCUGAAGCGUCUUGACGACAAGCUCGUGCUUGUCGAAGUGCAGCUCCUCGAGUCGAGAGUCUACCACGCCCUGGGCAACACAUCAAAGGCCCGUGCCGCCCUCACAAGCGCCAGAACAAGCGCCGCCUCUGUCUACACGCCGCCUUUACUACAGGCCAACCUCGACAUGCAGUCGGGCAUGUUGCACACGAUGGACCAGGACUUCAACACGGCCUACUCGUACUUCAUCGAAGCUCUUGACGGCUACCACACACAGGACGAGUCGUCCAAGGCGACGGCCGCUCUGCAGUAUAUGCUGCUGUGCAAGAUCAUGCUCAACCUGGUUGACGACGUCAACAACCUCAUGGCCUCGAAGCACGCGCAGAAAUACGCUGGACAGAACCUUGAGGCCAUGAAGGCGAUUGCUCGCGCGCACUCGAACCGCUCGCUCGACGAGUACGAGCGUGCUCUCGCUGCCUACAAGUAUGAGCUGGGCAGCGACGCCUUCAUCCGGAACCACCUUCGCCGGCUUUACGAUGCCAUGUUGGAGCAGAACCUGAUCAAGGUCAUUGAGCCUUUCAGCAGGGUGGAGAUUGCACACAUUGCCAAGAUGGUCGGCUUGGACACGACGCAAGUGGAGAGAAAACUCUCACAGAUGAUUCUGGAUAAGGUUAUUAUUGGUGUCCUCGACCAAGGAGCUGGCUGUCUCAUCAUCUACGACGAGACACACCGCGACGAGUCAUACGACGCGGCCCUCCAGACGAUCGAAAAGUUGAGCACGGUGGUUGACGUCCUCUACACCAACCAGGCUUCGCUUCUGGAGUGA